AUGGCUUUCCCACCCCCCUCCCGCCACCGCGCCCCCUUCGCGCACCAGUCCUCCUCCCUCGAUGUCCCCACCGCCCCCCUCCCGCCCCCCCACUACCGCUCAGCCAUCGCCCCCGCCCCCUCCUUCCCAGACCCAGCCCUCCUCCCCACGGGAGCCUGUCCGCUCGACUCGCCCCCCUCCCGCCGCUUCUCGCUCCCAUAUCUCACUUCAAACUCUAAAUCCCUCUUGGCCGCCCUCCCAGCUGUUGCCACGCCGAGUACAGCGACCAUCCGCUUCAUAUCGCUAUGCUUCCUCUGGUACGCUUGCUCGGCUAUAUCGAACAACACGGGCAAAGUCAUCCUCAACAGGUUCAAAUACCCCGUGACUUUGACGCUGGUGCAGUUCUUCUUUGUCGCUCUGUGCUGCGCGAUCUGUAGUCACAAGACGAUAGGAUGGGCGGGGCGACUGAGGCGGCCUACAAAGGCAAUCAUGAGAGGGACGCUUCCUCUCGCGGUGUUUCAGGUCGGGGGCCAUAUCUUCGGAAGUAUGGCGAUCAGCAGAGUUCCAGUCAGUACGGUGCACACCAUCAAGGCGCUAUCACCACUAUUCACAGUCAUGGCCUACUCUCUCUUAUUUGGAGUCUCCUACUCCCCCUCCACCUACCUCUCCCUUCUCCCCCUCACCCUCGGCGUCAUGCUCGCCUGUUCUUUCGACAUCUCCUUUUCCAACUUUCUCGGCCUCAUCUGCGCCCUCGGCUCUACCCUCGUCUUUGUUUCGCAAAACAUCUUUUUCAAAAAGAUCAUGCCUACUUCUAGCUCGGGCGCGAGCGAGAGCGGGGGUGCUUCGGCCAAGUUGGACAAGAUCAAUCUGCUCUAUUUCUCGAGUGGGAUGGCAUUCAUCUUGAUGUUUCCCUUGUGGGUCUACUCGGAUGCUCGGAGCUUGUUCAACCUCUGGAGCGCGCCAGCUGUACAGAAAAAUGAGACCUCCGUCCUCGUCUACUUUUUCUUCAACGGCACCGUGCACUUUGCCCAAAGUAUCAUUGCUUUCGCGCUCCUGUCGUCUACUUCACCCGUCACCUACUCUAUCGCCUCGCUUGUCAAGAGAAUCGCCGUCAUCUGCCUGGCCAUCAUCUGGUUCAAGCAGCCUGUCCACUCGGUGCAAGCCAUGGGCAUCAUCAUGACUGGCAUCGGCCUUUGGAUGUACAACAGCGCGAAGCGCGAUGUGGACCGGGGAGAGAAAAAGAUGAGGCAUGUCGAGGCUGUGCGAGGUGGGAUGCUCCCGACCACCAUCGGAGAUCAGCGAAUUCUUGAAGAGCAAGACUCAGAGUCAGAUUUCAAGGGCACGCACAACUCGCCCCGGCCGGUCUAUAACAACAGCUACAACAUUAAUCUGCCCUCCUCUACCACCACCGCCAUGAAGAGCUCGUUCUCUCAAUCCCCCUUCCCCGCAGCCCAUACCAAUGCGCCGUACCCCUCCCCGCCGGCGUCCACAACAUCAUCGCCGCCGAGUGAUCCGGCCAUGCUGCACCAUUCGCGCAACAGGCAGAGGCGUUUGUCUGCGGAAGGAGAAAAGUUUCGACUGCCACCGUCUGUGAAUGUGCGGUCGCCGGGCAUAGAGGAGGGAAAUGAGUUUGAGAGGGUGAAUAGGGGCAUCGCGGUGGGAACAUGA